CUGAUAGGCAGCACUGACUGGCACUGAUAGGUGGCACUGACGGGCACUGAUAGGUGGCACUGAUUGGCAGCACUUAUAGGCGGCACUGAUUGGCAUUGGUAGGUGGCACUGACUGGCACAGAUGGGUGACAUUGAAUGGCAGCUCAGAUGGGCACUGAUAUGUAGCAUUGAUGUGGCACUGAUGGGCACUGGCACGUGGCACUGAUGGGCACUGGCACGUGGCACUGAUGAUCACUGACAGGUGGCACUUCUGGGGCCACACUGAUCAUCAGGGAACACUGAUCAUCAGUGCCCUGAUGAUCACUCGAGAGGAGAGAAAUGCCGAUAACCGGCAUUUCCCGUGUUUACAUGUGAUCAGCUGUGAUUGGACACAGCUGAUCACAUGA